UGUUGAAGUAGCUGUAUUUGUAUUGAUUAGUAAGGGUUUGCCUAGCCUGUAGUCUUAUCGACAAGACGGCCUGAGAGAGAAAUACAUGCAAGUUUGACUGCUAUUAUCCACUCGAUAUACAUUGAGGUAUUGACUUAGAGCUCUUUACUCUCGCCCACCCUCCCCUGCAGGCUCGGGAGACGGUCUUGGAGUUUCAGAUUUGUUGAGCAGGAUCUCGUGUUGACACAAGAAGAAUAGUUCCUCAUUGCCACAUCUUCUGCGUAUCUGUGCGUGCGUGUGUGUGAGAGAGAUCAUUUUGUGUUCACUUUGUGACGGAGCUUGAAUACAUUGUCUUGUUGGCAUGGAAGUCAUGUCGUCUGCUACAUCUGUUGUGUUCAUGCUUUCUCUGGCCUGAUCAAGUGACUAUAGCUUUAGGUCAGUGGAGAAUAGAGUUUAGCGUUUCAUACAAGUACUGCAUACUCUUUUUAAGCAAAUCGGCCAAACUAUUGUUUCGAAUCAGAUCAACAAAAAGUCAAUUGUUGAGACAUAAGAGUGAAACUUUGUUCAGAAACUGGUAGACAUAGCAUUACCUACUGACAUGAUGUGUCUGGGUUACGUGCUCUUGGAUAAUCGUAUUUCACCUUAGGAAGACUGCUCCUCUACAAUCAGAAAUACAACAUGUUUUUAUGACCAAGAUAAAGACAAGGGCUCUGUUUGCCAUAUACUAGUACUUGAACUUCCCACAUUCAAACCUUUAAGACUAACUGGGAAGCUGUAGAUGGCUCAAGGAUUCAAUGUUGUCACUAAAAAUGUCUUACCCGGUGGUCAUAGUGAUUCCUCAGACUUUGAGGAGACUCUUCCAGACAGACUUUCCACUUUUACAAUCAGGAAGCAGACAUCAUAUAGGAAAGCUAUAGCAAAGAGCAACAAAAAUUACACAGACUACUUACACCCAAGACAUGCUGAGAUUGGAUAUAAGAAGAAAGAACUACGCUCAUCAGUAGAUUGGACUGAGAAUGCUCAGAACAGUGAACACUUGUGGGUGGAGACCAAUUCCUCAGGAGAUUACUGCUAUGCAAUGGAUCCUGAUUGCCUGAAAAUGGGUCAAAGAAAAAAAUGUAUUGCUUGUAAAAUAGUGAGUCACAAUGCUUGUAUAGGAAUAUUAGAACAGAAAAACUUGAAGUGUAAACCUACAUUUAGAGAAGCAGGAUUAAAAACCUUUAGAGAUCAAACAUUUAUGAGACAUCAUUGGGUUCAUCGGAGGCGACAGGAAGGAAAAUGUAAACAAUGUAACAAGUCUUUUCAACAACGAUUUUCAUUUCAAAAUAAGGAUAUCAUUGCAAUCAGCUGUUCAUGGUGCAAAGCUGCCUACCACAAUAAAACCACAUGUUUUAUGAUGCAACAAAUAGAAGAACAGUGCACUCUGGGUAUUCAUGCAAGCAUCAUUGUACCCCCAUCAUGGAUCAUUAAGCUCCCUCGCAAGGGUUCAUUUAAAACUUCCUUAAGAACCAGUAAGAAAAGGAAAGUGUCAGUGAAGAAAAGAAAGAGCAAAGAAGACUUCCGACCAUUUCUCUUGAAACCAAUCCCAUCGCCUCUCAUCAAACCUGUCUUAGUUUUUAUCAACCCAAAAAGUGGUGGCAACCAAGGCUCAAAACUCUACCACAAGUUUUGCUGGAUGCUCAAUCCUCGACAAGUGUUUGAUCUCUCACAAGGCGGCCCCAGAUUGGGGUUGGAGUUGUACAAAAAAGUUCCUAAUUUAAGAAUUCUAGCUGCUGGUGGUGAUGGCACUGUGGGCUGGAUAUUAUCAACCAUUGAUGCACUUGGGUUAUCUCCCCCACCUCCUGUUGGUAUACUUCCUAUUGGAACUGGCAAUGACUUGGCCAGGACCCUCAAUUGGGGUGGAGGUUAUACAGAUGAACCAAUUUCUAAAAUAUUAUGCAACAUUGAAGAUGGUCAAGUUGUUCAGCUGGACAGGUGGAACAUCGAAGUAACAACCAACGAGAGCACAGAAGGGGAGAUAACUGAAGAUAUGACCACUGAUACUCUUCCUUUAGAGGUCUUCAACAAUUAUUUCAGCUUGGGAGCUGAUGCUCAUGUGGCUUUAGAGUUUCAUGAAUCUCGAGAGGCUAACCCGGAAAAGUUUAACAGUAGAUUCCGAAACAAAAUGUUCUAUGCAGGUGCGGGAGGAAGAGAUCUUCUAAAAAGGAGUUGGAAAGGUUUUGCUGAACACAUAAGACUUGAGUGUGAUGGUGUUGAUUUAACACAAAAAAUUCAAGAUAUGAAACUACAUUGUCUUUUAAUACUCAACAUUCCUAGAUAUGCUAGUGGUACAUUACCAUGGGGGAAUCCCAAUGCUGUAGGUUUUGAACCACAAACACAUGAUGAUGGAUACUUGGAAGUCAUUGGAUUCACCUACUCCUCCUUGGCUACAUUGUAUGUUGGAGGACAUGGUGAACGCCUGAUGCAGUGUCGUGAGGUUAGACUUACCACCUUUAAAUCUAUGCCAAUGCAAGUAGAUGGAGAGCCUUGUAGACUUCGACCCUCUCACAUUAAUAUCACUUUCAGGAACCAGGCCUACAUGGUAACCAAACCUAAGAGACGUGGUUCCAUACCUAUAGCCAAUGAUCCUGAUUUUGCUUUUUUCAGUCCCCCAUCUUCUGUGCCUGAACGGUUACGUCUCCAAGUGAGUCGUAUUGGUGUCACUGAUUAUGAAAUGUUUCAUUUUGAGAAAGAUAAACUGCGACAAGCUUCUGUACCAUUAGGGAUUAUUGUAGUUGACAAUAACUCAGACCUUGAACAAGUGCGUGAAGAAAUCAACAAAAUGUUGGCAAAUUUUCAGACUAAUUCAAGUGAUACAGUCAGUUUUGUGAAGUUAUCAUCUAAUUGGUGCUUUCUUGACUCUACAACGACAGAACGAUUUUUUCGCAUUGACAAGUCCCAGGAGGCACUUCAUUACAUCACAGAUAUCUCUUCAGAAGAUCUGUACAUACUUGAUCCCGAAGCCCCGCCUUCUUCUCCUUAUUUACAAGCCAGUUUCCAGUUAUGCAUACCUAAUACGAAUGGUCAUAAAGAAAUGAAUGGUUCAAUCAUUGGAAGAGAAGAUGGAGCUCUGACUUUAAGUUUUCCAUUUCCUGUUUCCCCACCAAAAUCACCAAAGCUAUUGAGUGUGUCUGAACCAGUCAGUCCAAAUGUUCUGAGCCAAGAUAAAAGUUAUAAUUUUACCAGCUCCACAAAUGUUACAACAGAUAGAAAACCACCAAGUCUUUCUCAUUUAGAUAAACAGUUUAUGGAUGCUUCUAAAAGAGGGGAUAUUCACAAGAUAGCUGAACUCUAUCACAAGGGAGCUAAUUUAUUAGCAACAGAUCAGUAUGGAAUGACAGCCCUUCAUCAUGCUGCUAGAUUUGGACAUAAAGGAGUUGUUAAAUUUCUAAUUGAUAAUGCUCCACCUGUUCUAUUAGACAUGGCAGAACAUGAAAAAGGUCAAACUGCUCUCCACAAGGCAGCCUGGUAUCAAAGACGUACAAUUUGUCACAUGCUAGUGGCAGCUGGAGCAUCUUUGACCCGGACUGAUUUCCAGGGUAACUCUCCUAGACAGCAAGCACUGAAAGCUGAGGACAAAGAACUUGCAGCGUAUUUAGAAAACCAGGAACACUUUCAGUUAGUGCAAUCUGAGGAUCAGGAAACUGCUGUUUAAGAAAAGACGCAAGUCUAACAUGAUAGCCUGCCCAGAAAUAUCUGAAGAGAAUUGUGGGAAAACAAUUGAUUCUCUGACAAGGUGUUUUUGCGUACAUUCCAAAUGUAAUUAAUCUUUUGUUGUUACCAAUGUUACUGACACAUCAACAGAAUAUCAAUGUUGCUCUUGUUUGACAUUUUCUAUUUGGCUGAGAACAGCUUUCAUCAUAUGCACUUUUGUAGAAUGUUUUUUUUUUGUUUGGUUGCUUUAUGUCACACAAUGAAAUAAUUUAUUGCUCCACUAGGAUAUAUCCAGAUGAACACAAUGACAUUCUAUAUUGAUCCACACAAUGAAAUUCUAUAUUGAUCCACACAAUGAAAUUCUAUAUUGAUCCAGAUAGUUCUAUUUUUGUAUUCACUGUUUUAUAAUGUAUUUUAUUUGUGUGUGAACAGUAGAGCUACAAUUACAAAAAUCAAGAAAUGAGAAA